UCAUCUUCCUCGUCAUCUCUAUUUUCUCUUUCGCGAUCAACUCUCCGCCGUCCCGCACCACAUCCUAGGGUUUUCCUAUGUUUUAACAGAACCCUAUGUAUUUCCACUUCAGCUAUCGCUCCGGUAACAGAAGAAACCGUCCACAGUCUCCGCCACUCGCUGCUUCUCGAGCGCCUUCGUAUCCGACACCUCAAGGAAAGUUCGAAAAGUAGUUUGCCCAUUCAGGCGAAACAGGUGGUUGCUUCUGUUACGCCUGUGAAUAAGGAGACGAAGAAUAAGAAGGAGAAGGGAAGCGUUAUGGCUUUGAGUUUUGAGGAGCUUGGUUUGAAGGAAGAGCUGUUAGGCGCUAUUAGGGAGAUUGGCAUUUCUUUGCCAACCGAGAUACAAGCUAUUGGAGUGCCGGCUGUGCUCCAGGGGAAGAAUGUGGUUUUGGGAUCACAUACCGGGUCGGGGAAGACGCUGGCUUAUAUGCUGCCUUUGGUUCAGCUGUUAAGACAAGAUGAACAUUUGUAUGGUAUGCUAAUGAAACCGAGGCGUCCUAGAGCUGUUGUACUCUGUCCGACAAGGGAGUUAACUGAACAGGUUUUUCGUGUUGCAAAGUCUAUAAGUCAUCAUGCAAGGUUCAGGUCAACCAUUAUAAGUGGAGGUGGACAUUUCAAGCCUCAGGAAGAUUCAUUAAACGUACCAGUUGACAUGGUUGUUGGGACACCUGGAAGGGUCCUUCAACAUAUUGAGGAUGGUAACAUAGUUUUUGGAGACAUUAAGUACUUAGUUUUAGAUGAAGCAGAUACUAUGUUUGAUAAAGGCUUUGGUCCUGACAUUCGGAAGUUCCUUGGUCCACUAAAAAAACGUGCUGGGAAACCUGGUGAUCAAGGAUUUCAAACUGUAUUGGUCACUGCAACAAUGACAAAGGCAGUGCAAAAAUUGAUUGAUGAAGAAUUUCAAGGAAUACUCCAUUUACGAACAUCCACCUUGCACAAGAAGGUUGCGUCCGCUCGACAUGACUUCAUCAAAAUUUCUGGUGCUGAGAACAAGUUGGAGUCUCUUCUACAGGUUCUUAAACCGAGUUUGGCUAGGGGAAACCGGGUGAUGGUAUUCUGCAAUACACUAAAUUCAAGCCGUGCUGUGGAUCAUUUCCUGACUGAAAAUCAGAUAUAUACAGUAAAUUACCAUGGAGAAGUACCUGCAGAGGAAAGGACAGAAAACCUGAGGAAGUUCAAGAGCGAUGUAGGUGACUGCCCUACCUUGGUGUGCACUGACUUGGCGGCCAGAGGAUUGGAUUUAGCUGUCGACCAUGUUAUUAUGUUUGAUUUCCCAAAGAAUUCUAUUGAUUACCUUCAUCGAACUGGGAGGACUGCUCGUAUGGGUGCCAAAGGUAAAGUUACAAGCCUAGUUGCAAAGAAGGAUCUGCUUCUAGCCGAUUGCAUUGAGGAAGCGAUGAGGAAAAACGAGAGUCUUGAAUCCCUCAACAUAGGCAGUGUCAGGAGAGAUGCUGCCAAGUUGAAGCCGGUUGAUCCGAGGGUGAGAAAUGCCAAAAAAACUGAGACAAGUAAAAGGAGUAGUCCAAAAGCUCUUAUAGUUGGGAGAAAAGCAGUUCCCACGGUGCCCCAGAAAUGGGCAGCAAGCAAAUCUGGUGGCAAAACAGCACCCAUUAAGGUUAAAAGAUCCGCAUCACCAUCAACUCCAGAUCGAAAGCCUGCAUCCAUUAAGGAUAAAAGGACUUCUGCACCAUCAAAACAAGCAAGUUCAUCAAAAGUUUCCAAGGUUUCCGCGAAUAAUAAAAUUGGUGCUGCGAGAUCAGGUGGCUCAAAACUUAGCAUUGUUGGGCUCAGAGGUAAGAGUUCCAUUGAGAAAAAGAAAUUAUUUACAUCGAGUUGAUACUGAAAAUUUUGGAGAUCUAUUAGCCUUCUACAGAAAUGUAUGAAAUAUGAGCGCUGUAUUUCAUAGUUUUGUAGGAAUGCUAUAUAGAUGAUCAAGCCACAUUAUUUUGUUGGACAAGCUUACGCCGGGAGCUUUUCUACAUUUCACGUGCAAGAAAAAAAUUAUUGGCAAAUUUGUUUCAAGUAGACAUCUUUGAUGGAAUGUAGUGCGAAAGGGUCGGGAAUUUUGCAACAGCUGGUAAUCUUUUCAUCUAAAUCA